AUGACUUCCUCGAGCGAGAAGAAGGCUGCGCCUACAACCAAGGACUCCCCAUCCACCAAAUCCUCAAAGAUGCAUCGAAGGUCAAGAUCAGGCUGCUUCACAUGUCGACUGAGACGCAAAAAGUGUGACGAAGGCAAGCCGAAAUGUAAAGCGUGUCGACACUUGGGCCUCGAUUGCGAAUAUAAGCGGCCCCAUUGGUGGAGCAACAAUGAGACACGAAGAAAACAAAAGGAACAUAUCAAGAUCAUCAUCAAAAGGACAAAGACAAAUGAGAAGAGUUUGGGCCCACAAGGUCAAUAUGCACUGGCCCAAAUGGCCAGAGCUUCAUCUGAAGACUCCCAAGAUGAAUACGACAAUACCUUUGACCAAUCUUUUGCGACCACUCCCGGUAUCUUCGACCCAUACGCUCCCAACGUCUACAUGCCCCACACCGAUCCUUAUGGCCAAGGCUUUCCGUGGGAAGUAGAUGUCAAGACCGAACGCCAUACCUAUGUCAAUGAUGAACUCACUCGUCGAGACUCGACGAUAUCGACCUUCAGUACCUUCGUGCCUCCGCCUUCACACGCUAUGCUUCCAUCCUACACCGGGGACGACUGGGUCCAGCACGAUUUUUACGAGAGCCGGCAAGAUUCGUGGAGUGGAGAGGAAGGGAUCGACUUUAACUUUUUCGACUUCCCUCAUCUCGCUCCGAACUCUCAGCCCCAGUGUGCCAUGGUUCAACUCGACGACUGUGAUCGUCCUUUGUUCGACCACCUGCUCGACAAUGUGCUGCCCCUUCUCUUCCCCGUCCUCGAGGCCAAUCAACACGGAUCGGUCCGAGCGGAUGUGAUACUGCCGGCCCUGGAAAACAACAAGGCAUAUCUUCACUCCUGUCUGCUUGCUGCCGCCACCCACUUGAAGGGGAACAGGUCAUUCCCGAACGCCGCCGCCGAGGAUGAUGCUAUGCGGCACAAGCUUGCUUUCGUGACCAUUGUCGUUGACGCCCUCAAUUCGGAUACGCAUCACAGCGAAAUGCUCGACGCUCUACUAGGCAUGAUCUCGCUGCAAGGCUGCGUAGGCUCGGCGACGGACCUCGAAAAGGAAUUGAUUCCCUGGCACCAACACUUCCAAGCUGCCACCGACAUCGUGCAGAAGCUUAACCUUCCGGGCGUUUUAGAAAAUCUGGUCCAAACCGGAGGCUCCCCACCUUUCAACAUGACUCUGACCGCCUGGAUUGACAUUCUCGGCUCGACCAUGCUCGGAAAAGCGCCGAGGUUUUCCAACACCUACCGGAACAUGUUCUUCACCGGCGCGACCACGGGACUGGAAAAAUUGAUGGGGUGCAACGACUUCGUCAUGUAUCUCUUGUCGGAAGUCGCCUGUCUCGAUUCACUCAAGCUGGAGGGAAAACUCGAUGAUAUUGGCAUGUGCAGCCACAUCACCUCUCUCGCCCAAACUCUGGAUCAAAUCGAGCCCACGGAGCCUCUGCAAACUCCCUACUCGAAAUCGGGCGCUCUUCGACCGAAGCAGCUGUCCAAGAAUAUUACGGCUUUCUUCCGGAAGGCCGCACGCGUCUACCUUUGCUCGCUGGUCCCUGAGUACAACCGUCACCAGACGGCCACCGUCAACCUGAUCGCCCAGGCCGCAGACCUGCUUCAGUACGUUCCCGCGGGGCCGACGGGCUUCGACCGCUGUCUAGUGUGGCCUAUGCUCGUCUGUGGGGCGAACUCCAUUCCCGCGUCUCCCUUCCGCCGUGUUCUCUCGGAACGAUGCGACAUGCUUGGUGAUGCGGCCGACCACGGAUCUUUUGGCCGGAUGGUGCGCCUGUUGCACGAAGUAUGGAGAAGAAACGAUGACAUGGUGAUCUCGGCCGGUGUCUGUGAAGCCACGCCCGUGACGACCGGAAGUCCAGGAGACUCGAUCUCGACACCGAUUGCCUCCGCCUCAGCUUCCACCACUGCCGCCGCCGGCGCCGGAAACUCAGCCUCUUCAACGACAGCACCAAGGAAUCAGAACGUCCACUGGCGGGACGUGAUGCAGCAAAACGGAUGGGAUUUUCUUCUGAUAUAG